CACAAAAUCAGUGAAGGAAGCUUUAACGAUUUACAGGAAUAAUACUUGGAUUUUCUAAAAAACGUCCUGGUUCUAAUCUAUGGAAACAGUUCGUAGUCAGAGCGACUCUGAUAAUAACAAUAACACCAACAAUAAUGAUAACACGUCAUUUAUUUCAAUACAUCGUCCUUUAUUUACUAAAGAAACGUUUAACCAAUAUGCGGGAUACAAUUCAAAUUUAAAAUCGCUAACUAUUUGGCAACAAUGUCUACAUCUAUUCAUCUCAUUGAUUCGGAAAUGUUCUCAAAUGUUAGGAUUCAGUUUAUAUCAAAAACCUAAUGAAGAUCAUUAUAGAAUAGGUGAAGAAUACCAUAAACGAAGUAAAAAACAAUUAUUGAUUGAAAAUUGUGAAUAUUUUACAAUUCGUUUGUGGAAAUGGUUGAUCAUUUAUUUGCCUUUUAUACAAACUUUGACACAAUACAGAGUGAAAAGUUGGCUUCUGAAUGAUAUAAUUGCUGGAUUUACAGUUGGAAUAAUGCAUGUACCUCAAGGUAUGGCUUACGCCUUGGUUGCAACGUUACCUCCAGUUUAUGGAUUAUACACUUCAUUCUUCCCAUCGUUAAUUUAUUUCUUCCUUGGAACAUCCAAACACAUAUCAGUAGGUACAAUGGCAGUUGUUAGUUUACUAACAGGUGAUUUUCUCGAUAGAGUACUUCAUCUGAAAGCUCAUAGUUUGAAAUUUGCAAAUGAAACACUUUGUGAUAAUGAUAAGAUCAAUACGAAUAUUUCAAUGCAUGAUGUAGAACAAUUCAGAGUUCAUUAUGCCCUAGCUUUAGGAUUUUCAGCAGGCAUUGUACAAAUUUUAAUGGGAUUAUUUAGACUAGGCAGUUUAAUCAGAUAUUUUUCUGUACCAAUGACAUCUGGUUUCACUGUUGGAGUAGCUGUUCAUGUAUUUACAACUCAAGUGAAAAAUGUACUCGGUCUAAAAUUGCCCCGGUUUCCCGGUUUAUUCUCUAUACCCUACACUUACUAUGAAAUUUUCCAUUCUAUUCAAGAUACCAACAUACCGACAGUGUUACUUGCUAGUGUAUGCAUUACAAUUUUAGCUGUUUAUAAAGAAUGGAUUAGUCCGCUUGUUAAGAAAAUCUCAUUUAUUCCUCUUCCUGUAGAUUUAAUUAUUGUUAUACUAUCAACCGUUGUUUCCUAUUCACUUGACUUAAGUGGUAAAUAUGAUGUGAAAAUUGUUGGUGAAAUAUCGAAAGGUGUUCAAUAUCCAGAAGUACCGGAUAUUUCAUUGAUGGGUCCAUAUAUUGGUGAUAGUAUAAUAUCAGCAGUUAUUAGCAUUUCAAUUAGUGUAUCGCUUGCACGAAUAUUUGCAACACGUUUCAACUAUAAAAUUGAUACUAAUCAGGAACUUAUUGCUUUCGGGCUGACAAAUACAAUUAGUUCAUUUUUUCAUGCAUAUCCAGCGGCUGCAUCAUUAUCUCGCUCUGCUGUUGCUGUAUCUGCCGGUGGACGAACACAAGUUUCCAGUCUUUUUUCAUGUUUACUACUCAUAUUGGUUUUGUUCUUUAUUGGACCAACGCUUUAUUGUGUGCCUAUUUGCUGUCUGUCGGCAAUUAUUAUUGUUGCUAUUAAAGGAAUGUUUAUGGAAGCAAAAGAUUUAGUAACGUUUUGGAAAUUUUCUCCAUGGGACAGUGCAGUCUGGAUGUUCACAUUUCUUUGUACUGUAUUGUUAAGUGUGAACUAUGGUCUUCUACUAGGUAUCAUAAUCUCGGUUGCAGUUGUUGUAUUAAGAAUACAAUGGCCUAAAGUGCACACUGUUGAACAAAUUCAAAAUACAGAAAUCUAUGUAAAUUAUAGGGAUUAUACAAAUCUUACGAAACAUGAUAAAAUUAAAAUAAUUCGUUAUGAAGGAAAUUUAUUCUAUUUUUGUGCUGAACAUUUUCGUGACACAGUUUACUUGCAAACUGGAAUAAACCCAGUCGAUGUAAAUUUAAAAUUGAACCGCUGUUUAAAUAGAAUAAAACAAAUUGAAAAUACUUUACGUUUAGCAUCUCAGUCCAUGGAUAUUGAGAGUAAUCAAUCAAAUAAUCGUUUGACUAAUGUAAGUGAAAUGAAUACUACAGAGGAACCAACUGUUCAAUUAGCAACAUCUUGUGACACUAAUCAACAAUAUUCUGAUGAUAACACAAAUGAAAAAAAUUCUAAAAAUAAUUUAUUUCAUCGUUUAAAACGUAACAAACCAUUAACAUUAGAUGAAAAAUUAAAAUUAGAAAUUGAACGAACAAAACAAAUUGAAAAAUUGAAAACUAUUAAUCAGUCGCUAACAUUUGAUUUUUUAAUAUUCGACUGUUCAUGUUGGACAUUUAUUGAUAUCGUUGGAGCAGAUGAAUUAAAACAGGUGAUAGAUAGCUACGAGAAAUUGGGUAUCAUGGUUUCAUUCGCUCAGAUAAAAGAUUAUCUAAUUCAUACUUUACGCAAUAAUAAUAAAAUCGGUGAUUCGAAUAAAAUCUAUCCAACUGUUCAUGAUGCAGUGAAUGAUGCCGUCUAUCGAUUGAAAACAAUGAAAAUUAACGAAGAAAGCAAACUUUCGAAGCGUACAGAAGUGGAUAUCACCAAGAAACCAUCAAUCACAUUGCAAGUAAUUUAUUGAAGAAAAAAAAGAAAAUUUUAAUUGAAUUUUUCAAAAAAAACAAAAAUGCUACCUACAUAUUUACUGUUAACAAGACACAUUUGCUAAUUUAUGAAAUUAUCUAUUUUUUUAAAACUGAAUAUAAAUAAUUUCAUUGUAUGUAUGUGAAAAUAAUUUGUAAUCAUGAUAUCAUUUCUAUGCAAUGACCGUUUCUGGUCUUUUGUUAACAAUUGUCACAA